GGACUGCAUGUCCUCCUGCUGCUGGCAGUCACUGUGUUAUCAUGACCUGUCACUGUCGUGGCUCUCGUGGUAGGUACCGUCCUCGUGGCUGAGGAGCUCCUUUUCUAGAUCACAGCAGCUGGAGUACAGGGUCAUGGCAGAACAGUGCAGGUUUUCGUCAAAACCUGACUAGUUCAACUGCAGUUGAACUUGAAGUUGACUCUAUAUGGGACAGAUAUUAACCUUUAAGAUCCCUGGUUUUCCUAGUCACGUAAUACCUGUUUACCACAGGAAUCCUGACAGUUCCUUGUUUGGAAUCUGAGGGCUGUUCUCUUUAGUGACUAACAUACAUCUACUCUCAUUUUCAGAUGCCUGGACUUGGCACCUCUCUUUGGUAGCGUUAUCCAUGGGUUUCUAAGACAUUGGCCCAACCUACUUCAUUUGUAUCUACACUUGUUUCUUAGGAUCCCAAGUUCUUCAGAGUGGAUUUCUUCUUUUUAUCAUGGCUUUCAGCAGCUCUUCCAGGUCCAGGUCUUUCCCUUUUUUCUUCCCUUUGUGUUGGCAAGUAUUUUUCUCUGCACGCUCUCCAUGGAAACUGACAGUGUGCUAGGGAGGUGCCCUUUGAUUUAUCAGUAGCUGGGGUCGAGGGCUAUCCUUCUGUGUCACUGUGGGGAUUUUUUUAAUAGAACUGGUCACCACCUAUGUUCUUUGCUUGGAAUUUCACAAGCAUUUGAAAGUUUAGCCUGUGCCACCUACUUCUAUCCAAGAGAGACACAAAUCUGGGCUGGGAACGCUGAGUUCAUUGAAGCGGGAAAAUAGGACUCAAAGCUUCUGCUUCCUGGUGCCACAGAGUCAGCAAUUUACAAUUCAGGUACCACAGUCUGAGCAGCUUUAAAGAAAAGAGGGGAUGACAACCAUGACAGAGUUAGUGAGAAACACUAAGUAGUAGUGAUUUCUCCUGCAACUGAGGGAGUCACUGACUGAAUGACAAAGGGUGAUGCUGGCAAAAAUGCUCCUGCAAUGCCCAUUUUCUGGUCCCAGUGGUGUGUGUUUAUUGAUAAAAGUAGCUAUAAAAUACUUAGCAUAUCUUCCAAAGUAUAUUCCUGGAUUUAUGAUUGUGUUUGGCACUGUGAUUGUAAGAUCCUGCAGGUACACGAGAGCUUACCAGGUGUACGAAUCCAAAAGCAUAUUUUUGUUUCAUUUUACAAACCCAUUCACAUAAUUAAGUUAGCACCCCAAUGGAUAAACAAAUAUGCUUGUGUUGUAAAAGAUUCCAGGACCUGCCUCUUGCACAAACAGCUUAAUCGUAACUGAUUCCUUAUCAGUAGCAUCGCACAAUAAGAUGCUGGUUUCUGCCAUCCUUGGGGCUAAAUAUAGGGUUUCUGUUUUGUCCACUAGUGGGCUCUAUAAAUCCUGAGCAAGUACGUUAAAUCCAUGAAAUUGGUAUAUCUAUUUCUGUGCCUAAUAACCUGUACAGAAAAAGAGCUGACUGUAUGGGAUAGAGUUCAUAAACAGAAAUAUUACAGUGUUUUCUCAUUCAUCACAAUUAGAACCAAAGAGUGAUUGGUAAAGCGAGUAAACUUUCACUGCAUAAAGCAGCCUGCGUGCCUGUUUGAUAAUGCUUUUAUGUUGUCUCAGAAUGUUUUGUCUCAGUCUGGAUGAAUUAAAAAACCUCCUAUUUUUCAUGUGCUUUAACGUAGCUGUUCAAGAAGUAAAUAAAUUUGAAAAUCAGGUAGACCAGUCUGCUUUGCAUGGUCAUGUUGAGAACAGGUAAAAUCCAGCCCUUUGUAAGACAAGCCUCUGCCGCUGCAGUCAAACUUUGGAUAUUCUCUUUGUGCUGUAUUGGUGAUGUUUUAAAUGCAGAAGGUCUUUUCUGUGUUAUAUGAAUUUUUCAUGUUUUGGGUCUGUAUGUAACUAAAGCAGUCAGUGUAAGAAAGUGUGUGGAAUGGAUGAUAGCUGAAUGCUAUUUCCACUCCUGAAGGUGUAACUUUGGGUGCUAACAUGUUGAGAGCAUGUUCAUGCAUUUUUAUUUCUCUUUAGUCUGGACUUUCAAGACUGUGAUGAACAGUCAUGAAGAACCAUAUUGUACCUGCCCCUAAAAAUGUAGAGAUGGGUCCCUGCUCCCGCAGAUGCCUCCAGCCUAACAAGAGAAAACAUGAGUUCAUAAUAUGGGAAGGAAUUUAAAAGAACAAAGAAUUAAAUAGUUAUCUGUCAGGUAUCUUGAAAAUUAUUUGUUCUUCUUACAUUAAACAUAAAACAUCAAUGUAACAAAGGCAAAUAAUUAUCGAGAUACCUGACAGUCAUGUUAAUGGUUGAAAGAUGGAUUAGAAUUGCAACUAAACAUCUUUUAGUGUUUUUGUGUAGAAACAGCAUUUAGUAUAAUUCAUUUCACAGCUUGACCUUGGCUUUCCUGCAUACACUUCUGAUAAAGCUUUUUAAGGACGAUACUGAUGUCAGGCUUUCCUCAUUGUCUGCAGCUGUGUUUGGUGUAGGUGAAGCAGUACUUAAAACAAGAGGAGCCAGAGAGCUCCUAUCAGUGCAGAAAGGGAACUGUGAUCUGCUUUUUGUGUUGGAAGAGAAGAUGCAUCCCCAUUUCCAUACAAGCACUGAACAUCGCUAACAGGCUUUUCAGCUUCCCAUUUACCCUUCACCAAACGGACACACCAGUACUACUCACCGCAACUUUUCUGUGUGAUUUUGUGUGUAUACAUGAAUAUUUUGUCAGUAGUGCCUGCUUUUAAUCUAGAUCACGUUCUUAAAUGCUGCCCGCAUUGUUUUAUAAUUCUUAUCGUGUUUCUAUUAAUACUAUAAAUAUAGCAUCAAUAUAGCUACUUUUAUCAAUAUAUAUGCUAGAUUAUGUAGUAUUACCUAUACUAUAUAUAGUAUUAACAUGACACAAACAAGUAUAGAAAAGCAUGAUUAUGUAUGUAAAAUACGCUUUACAAAGUCAUUAAAAGAUCUCCAAAUCGUCAACUGUGUAUGUAGUUCCUCUCAAUCUCCUUUUCUUAUCAAGAGCAGUAUGUGUUUUCACACUAGUUUUUCUUUUGCUUGACUGAUUCCCACAGGAUGCUUCCCAACAGGCCCAUUUCCCAAGCAGUAGCCAGUGCUGAGGAGGGCUUGUUCAGUGUUUAGGAAUUACUGCCACAAACAGGAAGCGUUUCGUGCUUUCUAUUCACAGUUACUUGAGGAGGGAAAGGACAUGGGGCCCAGGGCAAGAGCUACUUUGUAAUAGGAAAAGAAAGCUGACAUGGCUUUUGGUUAUGCCAGUUCAUUGUAUUCGCUGUGGAAAGCAGGCGGCAGUUAAGUACGUGGGAUAUUCGGUUGGAGUAGCCUGACUCCUCAAUGACAGAAUGAGUAAAUCGCGCAGCUUCACUAACAAUGAAGUCCUAAUAAUCAAAUGCAAAAUCAAAUAGGUAAUUGAUAAUGUCUUAUUCUAAACAAGAAAAAAAAAAGGAAGCAUGUUUACAGGGAAAAUUACUGCUUAAGGUUGAGAAGGAAAAGCCGUUGUAUUUCACAAUAUUUGAAUUACAGCAAUGCUACAUUAUUUAUGAGACAGCACCUCUAAAAGAUACGUUGAACUGCUUUAGCCAUGAGUUUUCAGCCACGAUGGGCCAUGCAAAGAUGGGAAAUUCUUACGCUGGUCAGCUCAAGACAACACGGUUUGAAGAAGUGUUGCACAAUUCUAUUGAGGCCUCUCUUCGCUCAAACAACUUAGUUCCCAGACCAAUCUUUUCUCAGUUGUAUUUGGAAGCUGAACAGCAGCUGUCAUCACUGGAAGCAGGCAGCAGAGCAGAUAAUGAGGAAGAAGAAGAAGAGGAGGAAGAAGAAGGCUCAGAAUCAAGUAGUCCUCCUGUUUCUUACCAGAUGAAGCCUCCCCCAGAAGGAUGUUGCACUACUGAUGGUUUCUGCCAGGCUGGUAAAGAUUUGAGACUGGUCUCAAUUUCCAAUGAACAUAUUGAGGUACCAUCAGGGUUUUUACUUGUUGGUGCAAAGUCACCAAAUUUACCUGAUCACCUUUUAGUGUGUGCUGUGGAUAAAAGAUUCCUGCCAGAUGACAAUGGGCGCAAUGCCCUGUUGGGCUUCUCUGGCAAUUGUGUUGGCUGUGGCAAGAAGGGUUUCUGCUACUUUACAGAAUUCUCAAAUCACAUUAAUCUUAAACUGACCACUCAGCCCAAGAAACAGAAACACUUAAAGUAUUAUCUGGUCAGGAAUGCACAGGGAGCUCUGACCAAAGGAUCUGUAAUCUGCUGGAAAGGGGCAGAGUUCAGAGGCCGCCAGUCUUCGUCCAGCACCUGCUCAAGCACAUUGUUCCAACUGCCAGAAAGUUCGGGCCUCUCGGGAAGCACCUCCAGUGAGCCGCUCCCAGCAGCAAACCCCAGUGCUCCAGCUGGGGCUCAGCAAACAGCUGCAGCCAUAGAUCACAUCCCUUCAACAGCAGCAUUCAGCUCAGCAGCUUAUAAUGGCAAGGAGUCGCCUAAACAACAGUUGGUGAAAAAUAACCUGUCUUCUCUGACAAGACCUUCAGUGUUAGGUACUUUAACAAAUUCAGGGCCUCCAAAAAAGCGCCAUAAAGGUUGGUCACCAGAAUCUCCAUCAUCUACUGAAACUUGGAACUUGCAGCUCAACCCACAGGUUCCAAACAGAACUAAAAAUGAUGGAGGAAGCCUAUCAUCUUUACCACAUUCCGCUUUGAUGGGGCCAGCCUCGUCUCCGAUGGUGGGCUCAGGAGAACCGGUCUCAGUUCCUGACAACUUGCUGAAAAUCUGUAAAGCAAAGCCAGUUAUUUUUAAAGGUCAUGGAAACUUCCCAUAUCUUUGUGGGAACAUUAAUGAUGUGAUAGUGAGUCCUUUGUUGUACACCUGUUACAGAAAUUCACAGUCUUUAUCUAGAGCAUAUGAACAAUAUGGUGCCUCCACAAUACAGCCUAUUUCAGAGGAAAUGCAGCUUUUACUGACUGUCUACUACCUUGUUCAACUAGCCUCGGACCAGGUCCCUCUGAUUGAAGAUCUGGAACAAAUAUUCAUGCGUUCAUGGCGGGAAUCACAUCUGUCUGAAAUCCGCCAGUACCAACAGGCUGUUCCACAGAGCUUUCCGCAAGUGUCCAGCCAGAUCGCACCAGUGACUUCAGCCCAGCUCCCCUGGCUGGCGGGCCUCGCAGCUAGCUCCUGUAAUGAUAGCGUCCAUAUCAUUGAGUGCAGCUACUCGCUGGCUGAAGGGCUUUCGGAAAUGUUUAAGCUGCUUAUUGAAGGAAAAUUAAUAAAGACAAACUACGUGGUGAUCAUAUGUGCCAGUAGAAAUCGAGCCAUUGAUUCCUGCAUCGUGAUAACAGGAAAGUAUCAGGCAAGAGUUCUGUCUGAGAGCAUGCUCACUCCUUCAGACUACCAAAAAGAAGUUAACUAUCAGCUGGUCACAGGGAAAGUGGAAACUCUGGGGUCCUUCUUUAGCACACUCUGCCCAGAGGGUGACAUUGAUCUUUUGCUGGAGAAAUUUUAUCAGGAAAACCAAGGGCACAUCUCUUCAUCGCUUUCAGCUUCAGUGAAUAAGCCAACAGCACUGAAUGGAACAGGAGCAGCUGCGUGUACAAGUUAUGAGAUUGAACGACAUCAGAUUCGUCCAUUCCAGCUAGCAGUGGCUCAGAAAUUGCUGUCUCAUAUUUGCUCAAUUGCUGACUCCAGCACUCAAAAUCUUGAUUUGGGUUCCUUCGAGAAAAUUGAUUUCUUGAUUUGUGUUCCACCCUCUGAAGUGACUUAUCAGCAGACUUUGUUUCAUCUCUGGCAUUCAGGUAUUUUAUUAGAACUUGGAUUAGAAAAGGAACAUCUUACAAAGCAGAGGGUGGAACAGUAUGUUAUGAAAUUAGAUGCAGAAGCCCAGAUUAAAUUCAAAGUCUUUUUACAAAACUCCAUGCAGAAUCCACAUACACUGUUUGUCCUAAUCCAUGACCAUGCACAUUGGGAUCUAAUGAGUGCUAUGCAUAGCCUUUACCCUCAAACAGAACUGUCUACAGGACUUGUUGAUAGACUGUUGAACUGCAGGGAGGUGAAAGAGGCGCCAAAUAUUGUGACCCUCCAUGUGACUUCCUUCCCCUAUGCGCUGCAGACACAACAUACUCAUAUCAGCCCUUACAAUGAGAUCCACUGGCCUUCUUCAUACAGCAAUGGUGUAGAUUUGUACCAUGAAAACAAGAAAUACUUUGGACUGUCAGAAUUCAUUGAGUCCACCCUCUCUGGACAUAGUAUUCCACUGCUUCGGUACGACAGCUCUUUUGAAGCAAUGGUCAUGGCUUUGGGAAAGAGGUUUCCCAGAUUACACAGUGCAGUGAUAAGGACCUUUGUCCUCAUACAACACUACUCUGCAGCUAUGAUGGCAGUGUGUGGCCUUUCUCAGAUGAAGAAUUACACCUCAGUUGAAACUCUGGAAAUCACCCAAAACCUAAUAAACUCUUCAAGACAAUGUCCUAGUGGUCAUGGGCUCAUGGUAGUGUUGAGAAUUCCCUGUACUCCGCUGGCUGCAGUGGCAUAUGAACGUCUGUACAAUGUAAGGGAAAGGCUAGCCCUUGAAGAUAACUUCGAAAUAAUCUUGGGAAAUCCUAAUUCUGGAAUCACAAUAGGGAAGCACUUUGUGGAGCAACUAAAGGUCUGGCAGAAAAUUGAGGAUGUAGACUGGAGGCCACAGACCUAUUUGGAAUUGGAAGGUUUGCCUUGUAUAUUGAUAUUUAGUGGUAUGGAUCCACAAGGGGAGUCUUUGCCACGAUCGCUGAGAUAUUGUGAUCUACGUUUAAUAAAUUCAUCUUCUUUGGUAAGGACAACCUUGGAGCAAGAGCUUGGUUUGGCAGCAUACUUUGUGAGCUCAGAAAUUCACACAGAGAAAGCAGUUGUGAAUGAUGUGUUAGAAAGUGACCCAGAGAAACUAAGCAGCACUGAUAAUGAAGAUGAAGAAAUAGCGACAGAAGGUUCUACUUCAGAAAAAAGAAGUCCCAUGAAAAGAGAAAGAUCACAUUCCCAUGACUCUGCAUCUUCAUCUCUCUCUUCAAAAGCUUCCAUUACAGCAUUCUGCAGUGAGUCAUCUCCUCCUUUAAUAGCAGCAGGGGAUACAGCAAAAUCCCCCCACCAAGUCCUAAGCAACAGCACUGAAGAAACUACAAAUAACUAUGAAAGGCAGAAGCAGAAGGUAGACAAGGGGGCACAAACAACAAUCAGCAAACACUUGCCACCGGUAACUGAACAGCUGGAUACAAAACAAAACAUAAGAAGUGCCCAAAUUUCCAUCACCUCAUCAUCCUCCUCACCUUUCUCCUCCUCUUCUUCCUCCUCUGUGCCUACUCAUAACUCCUUCAUCCUACAGACCUCUCAGUGCUCUAUGACCAAAGCAUCAAAACAGCCUCCCAUAGUUUUCCUGCCCAAACUGGUUUAUGACAUUAUUACUUCUACGGACAGCAGUGGACUUCCCAAAUCAUCUUCCCUCUUGCCUUAUCAUUCUGUUAUGUGGGCAAGUUCUUUUCGUCCUCUUAUGAGUAAGAUGAUGACUUGCACGGAGCAGUCUCUAUACUACCGCCAAUGGACGGUUCCCAAGCCAAUCCAUAUGGACUACAAUAAUAGAAAUGAGGGCAGAAUGGACACCUUUCACCCAAGGAGGCUGCUGCUGAGUGGGCCACCACAGAUAGGGAAAACAGGUGCCUACCUGCAGUUCCUCAGUAUUUUGUCCCGAAUGCUGAUUAGACUGACAGAAGUGGAUGUUUAUGAUGAGGAAGAAAUCAACAUUAACAUAAAAGAAGAAUCUGAUCAAUACUACCAUCAGCCUGGAGAUAUGUGGCCAGAUUUGGAGAAAUUUAAGAAGAUGCCUUUUGACUACACUAUCCAUGACCCAAAAUAUGAAGAUGCAAGUCUGAUUUGUUCAAAGCUUCAGACUAUAAACAGUGAAGACAGAUCAACAAACAGGAGACAGGAGGAUAUGUAUACACGCCGUCAAACAACUAGGAUGAGAUUGUCCAAGUAUGCAGCAUAUAACACUUACCAUCACUGUGAACAGUGUCAUCAGUACAUGGGUUUCAAUCCUAGGUACCAGCUUUAUGAGUCCACUCUUCAUGCAUUUGCCUUUUCCUAUUCUAUGCUGGGAGAAGAGAUCCAGCUGCAUUUUAUCAUUCCAAAGUCAAAGGAGCAUCAUUUUGUCUUUAGCCAACCAGGAAGGCAACUGGAAAGCAUGAGGCUACCACUAGUCACGGAUAAGAGUGAAGAUUACAUAAAAAGCCCCACUUUUACUCCCACCACUGGUCGUCAUGAACAUGGACUUUUCAAUUUAUAUCAUGCAAUGGAUGGAGCCAGUCAUUUGCAUGUGUUAGUUGUCAAGGAAUACGAAAUGGCCAUUUAUAAGAAGUAUUGGCCCAACCACAUCAUGCUUGUUCUUCCAAGCAUUUUCAACAGUGCAGGAGUAGGUGCUGCACACUUCCUGAUAAAAGAGUUGUCUUAUCAUAACCUGGAGCUUGAACGAAAUCGGCAGGAGGAGCUGGGGAUAAAACCCCAGGAUAUUUGGCCUUUCAUUGUAAUUUCAGAUGACUCCUGCGUUAUGUGGAAUGCAGUAGAAGUUGAUUGUUCAGGAGACAGGAAAAGUGACUAUACUUGGACUGAAAGGAAUGUUUCCUUGAAGCAAAUUCUGCAACAUAUUGAAGCAACUCCCAAUGUCACUCACUAUGCCUUAAUUGGGAUGAGGAAAUGGUCCAGUAAAACAAACAGUACUGAGAUCAAGGAACCAUUCUCCUGCUGCCAUGUGCAUGAUUUCAUUAUGCUGAACGUCGAUCUGACACAGAAUGUACAGUACAAUCAGAACAGAUUUACGUGUGAUGAUGUUGACUUCAAUUUGCGCGUCCACAGCGCUGGCCUUCUCAUCUGUCGGUUCAAUCACUUCAGUAUCAUGAAAAAGCAAAUUGCAGUAGGAGGACAGCGAUCCUUCCAUGUUAAGUCUAAGGUAUCUGACACUCCAGUUUCAAUCUCACCUGCUCAGUACAUUUGUGCUCCUGACAGCAAGCAUACCUUCUUGGCAGCACCUGCUCAGUUGCUCCUUGAAAAAUACCUCCAGUAUCACAGCCAUCGCUUCUUCCCUCUCUCACUGAAGAAUUAUAGCCAUCCAGUGCUAUCUGUGGACUGUUACCUUAAUUUAGGACCACAGAUUGCAAUUUGCUACGUGAGCUCUCGACCUCAUUCUCUGAAUAUCAGUUCCUCUGGUUUGACAUUCAGUGGUCUCCUGCUGUACCUCUGUGACUCCUUUGUUGUAGCUAGCUUUUUGAAGAAAUUUCAUUUUCUUAAAGGUGCCACUCUGUGUGUGAUUUGUCAAGAUCGCAACUCUCUUCGCCAGACUGUUGUCCGGCUAGAGCUAGAAGACGAAUGGCAGUUCCGACUGCGGGAUGAAUUCCAGACUGCCAAUGCAAAGGAGGACAGACCCCUUUUCUUCCUGACUGGGCGACAUAUUUAAUUGGAAAGAGACACACUUCCUGAAUGAUAGAAGAGACUAAUCGCCACCCUCUCAUGAAAUGACUUUUGAGAGGCUCUGCUUUCUGAACAGAAAUAGGACGGUUUUCUGUUGUUUUCUAGAAUGAUACCUAAUCAGACAAUUUAUGCUCAUAUUUCCAAACAUUGAAGUGACUUUUCUAAUUUAAUUGUCUGAUGGAAGUCACACCUAAUUCCUGGGAGGGAUGCAGAAACCUACUACUCCACAUGGCGGAAAUAAUUUUGGAUCAGCAGAGAGCUCAAUCAGUGCACUUCUGUGACAAAAAAGACCACAUGCAAGUUCGGAAGCAAGAGUUUUAGAAAACUUUUUGUACAUUCCAAAAAUAGAAAAUGUAAGUUUAGGAGUAGAUUUUGUUUUACAAGUCUUAUUUAUCUAACAGUUGGCACAAGGCAACAGGAAUUGUUACAGUUUUGUAGUAUACUGCUACUGAUUGAUCCAGGUAGGCUUUUCACAUGAAGAUUUGUAAAGAAUAUUUCUUAAAUAGUGGGAACUCAGUUGGAGCCUUAAUUUUUGGAACAGGAGCCACACUGAAUAAUUUUACCAUACAGGAAUCUUGGGAUAGAGCAUAAUUAUAUGUCUGGUUUUAUUAGCAUAAAGAAGAGAGUCAAGAAAGUACAUUUUAAAAUGAGAUCUGAACAUUUAAACCUGAAACUGAAAUUACCUUGAGUAACUGAAGAGGCCAAAUGGAGAGACUGACCUGCAAGUGACUUAUUUCAAUUAGAGCAGUGGUGUUUCCUGGUUCCUGAUUAAAUUGUUGCACUGGCUGCAGACUUUAAGCUGGGUCCAGUGCACUUAAGACAGCGAUGAGAUGAUUCUGAAACAUUCCCAAUACUCUUUCUGGGGAUAUUUUCUUGCCAAGGUGCUUCAAACGAGUAAGAAGAUGGAGACUACAUCUCUGAGGAAUUCAGGUGGAAAUCUAAAAACAUGUUAUAGAAUGGCACCAGGCAUCACAGUAUCUUGUACACCCUAAAUGUGAAGCAAGUUAUCAUGGUCUUUAGGCUUUUGGAAAUAUUCUCUGAGUUGCAAAAUUCAUGUUUGUCUUUAUAGAAACAAUGUUAGCUUCACCCAGUCAAGGUGCAGGAAGGAUGAGUAUAGACAUUGUCGGAAGACAUCUAGUGUUUGGGCAGUCCUUUCUUGCUGGAUACACCAAUGGGAGGAUCAUUGGUCAGUCCAUUGCAGAACUGACCUUGAAAGGCAGUCAUCAGUAUGACUGUGCCAAAGAGCUAAUUUAGGUUUAUUUACAGGGAAAAUGGCAGUUCUGUAAGUUUGAGAGUCUUAGAUCACUAUUUACAAGAUAACUGCUAGAAAUCACUGUGUUUCUGUAUUUCAUUGUCCUAAUUUCAGAGUGAGAAUUCACUUUGUUUAAGUUUUGGGAAUGAAGGUCGGCAUUGUCCUAUGUAAAUAUUACCUGUUCAGUUUUCACCAGUUGAUUAGUUAACUUAAACUUCUUUAAAGAAGAGUGAUAUUCAUGUCUAAUCCAUCCUUUAUAAAUAAAGUUCAUGCUGCAUGGA